AUUAAGAGAAGCUACCCUCUUUUUCAAUUUCAUCUCUCAAUUCCUCCUCCCAUGGAAACUAACCCAAAUUGGGGAGAGAAAAUCUCAAACGUAGCCCUCUCUCUCUACAGAUCUCUACCCAAAAAGGGAAAGCCCCAAGGCAAAGAAACCACAGUCUUAGCUGCGUUCCUCAUCUCCUCACCUUCUCAAGAUAUCGAAGUUGUUGCAUUGGGAACUGGAACCAAGUGCAUUGGCAAGUCCCUUCUCAGCCCUAGAGGCGACGUCCUCAAUGAUUCGCAUGCCGAGAUCGUUGCUCGAAGAUCCCUGUUAAGGUUCUUUUAUUCGGAGAUUGAGCGUGUGAGGGGAAAUGGUGGAUUAGGGAGGGUUCUUUGUUUGGAUGAUGGAAUUCAUGGGCAAGAGAAGUACGUGAUGAGGCCAGGGUGGCGGCUGCAUUUGUAUAUCACCCAGUUUCCAUGUGGAGCUUUGGGGAGUGCAAGUGAUUCUUGUUUGAAAGGAGAGGGACUGCUAGGAGACCGUACUUUAUAUUAUAACUCCAAUACGUUUGGAUCUGUUCAGAAGAAGCCUGGGCGUGGUGAUGCAACAUUAUCUAUGAGCUGCUUUGACAAGAUGACCCGAUGGAGUGUUGUGGGAGUUCAAGGAGCUCUGCUUUCGCAUAUCAUGGAACCAGUUUACAUAUUCUCUAUAACGAUAGGGAAAUCUCCUUGUGAUCUUUCUAUAGCUUUUUCUUUGAAAGAUCAUCUAGAAAAAGCUAUCUGUGACCGUUUGGCUUCUUUUUUCCACUCACAAGAUCACAUUCAAGCGAACAAGCCACAUGUUCUUGAAGCUCCUGUUCCGCCAAAUGAGUUUCAUCGAUCCCACAGUGACAUUCCCUCUUUAACAUGCGGUUAUUCAAUCUGUUGGAAUACAUCUGGGUUGCAUGAGGUUAUCCUCGGAACCACUGGAAGGAAGCAAGGCACUUCUGCAAAAGGGGCAUUAUCCCCAUCUACAGAAUCGUCUCUUUGCAAGCGGAGAUUACUGGAAGCUUUCAUAUCAUUGCAGAAAAAGUUGUGUGUUAAAUUACAAGUAGAGGAUUGUUCUUAUUAUGAGUUAAAGGCUAUGGCUCGUGAAUACCAGUCUGCUCUGAAGAAGUUUAAAGAUAGUUCAUUCUUCAGCUGUUGGCAUCCAAAGGCUCCAAAUCUUGAGCGAUUCUCAGUUGCAAGAUAGCGGAGUGGGAUCAGGUGAUGAAAAUGUUGUUGAAGAAUGUAGAUAGAACCUGAUAGAAAGAAAUUAUCGAUUUUCAGGGGACUAGGGGAGACAUCAUCAAGUAUUGAACUUGAGCAACGUGUUUAACUUGCAGUUGCCUGGAGUUCUUGUCCCUCACUAUAUUUAAUAAUUUCAGAGGACAUACUUACCUAUUGAAUCUGCAUACGGCUCAAUUUCUUCUUUCAGUGGAUUUUGUAAGUUAUCUUCAUCUAGCGACAUUCACAACUUGAUCAGGUCAAGCCUGAAGCCUUCUUCGUAGAUAUAUGCAAAGCCUUAAUGUAUCUUGAUCAGGAAUCAGAUUUCUGGCCCCUCUUGGAGAUAUUGCCGAGAACUAUUGAUGAUCAUUAAUGUCAAGCUUGAAGAAAUUGUUGACAGUAUAUCUAGCGCCCAUGUGGGGGUGAUUCAAGGAUAUGUGCGUUCUAUCUACAGAAUUCCUGUAGGAUGAUUAUUCAAUGUGAUGAGAAUUAGAUUGACAUCACAUCUUGAUGCCCGCUCUGUAAUCAGCCAUUUUGUAAUGCAAGUUGUGAUGUAUACAUUAUCCACUUUAUCAAGGCGAGUGAUUAGAAUUCUUAGUGGGAAAUGAGGUCUGACCUCUCUUCUAUGUUCUUUGAA